AUGCCUGGUGUCGCUGAUCCGGAGGCAGCACUAGCCAGUCCUAACUCGGGGUGGCAGUCGCGGCAGGCAACUGUACAGGCCUUGCGUUCCUUCCUUACUGGCUCAUUUGAAAAUUGGUUUUCAACAGGAGCUACGGUUAUUAGGGUUUUUAGUUUAGUCGUCGGAAAUGCAUUGACCGGAUUGAGCGGACAGAUAUUGCCGCAACUCUCCAUCGCAUCUGGUGCCAGUCGCCCGCAAACGGCUUCCCAGUUUGCGAGGCAAGCCGGUGCCCUGUGUACAAACGCUUGGGAUGCGAGGCCUCCUGUUCGUGUAAUUUGGCCUCUCACAAGCUUUUCAGCACCUCCUUUGUGCCCGAUGCCGGUGUCCGCCUCGGCAGGGGCCUCUGCCCCUCUGUACAGCCCCCUAUCCCGUUCCCGUGGGUGUCUGAAGGCUCUCGGCAGCGUCGCCACACCCCAUGCGACUCCCCCUUCCCCUGUUGUUCCUGAACCUCCCGUCAUUGGAAAGUGCGAGCUGCUCGCAUGGGUGAAUCAGGUGCUCGCAGACACCGGCGAGAGCGUUGAGUUUUCGAGUUUGCGAUUCGGCGAUGUGCUGUUGCGCCUGUUCUCUCUCAUCUGGCCAGCCGUGCUGCUGCGAGUUGAACAAGAGGCAAAGCUGCAUCCCAAAACGGCGGCAGAUGUGUCCACCAACUGGGAACUAAUUGAGUGGGCCUUGCAGUGCGUGGGAGUGCCUUCCCACUUUGUGAACCGGCAGCUCAUCGCGGAGGAGGAUUUCGGGGCAUGUUACGAAGCCCUCGUGUUUCUCUACUUUCUCUUUUCUCUAGCCACGCAUCAUGAGUGCGAGUUCGUGCUCGCGCAUCCAGUUGCAAACGCGCUGACGGAGUUCAUGUCCUCAGAGGCCCCCCUGGCGUGUCUCGUCGCAGGGGGAGCCGUUCACGUGCCCAAGCCCAUCAAGGAAAAAAUCCUUACCCCUAAGAACACACCCAGGCUGACAGAGCGGCAGGAGGAGCUUUUGAAGGGCACCAGCGAGAUCCAACUCGGCGCAGUCGCUGCCACUGCUGAGGGGGCGGCUUUCGGAGUAUCAGGCACAACUCCCCCCUCUCCCCUUCCUGCGGAUCCCCCAGAGCAGCCUCACCUGCAGCUGCAAAGGCCUCUCGAACGGCAAGACAGCGCUUUGCAGGCGUCUCCUUCUCCCUGCGUAAUGCCUCCAGCCCGCGCAGCAGGCAGAGCCUUCACCCUCACGCCUCCCCCUGCUGCCGGAGUUUCGCAGUCUCCCCCGCGAGUCGUUGGCGGGGCCUUUGCGAGUGAUGGCACCUUCUGCAGCGGCAGCGCAGGGGAGACCUCCACUCGGCCUUUAACUGCUGAAAGAAGGGAUGUGCGCGUGCAGACGGAAGCCUGGUCCGGCGAAGGACAGAAGCUCAAGGGCGAGCAGCUGCUCGAAAUGCUGCAGUAUCAGUGCGAGCUGCUGCAGCAGCAGCUGCAGCAGGCCGUCGAAGAGGCAGACACGGCGAGGCGGCAGCAUGCACAGGCGCUCCAGGACGGCAAGGAAGCCGCAGAUCUGCGGCUUAACCGCGAGCGAGAGACGUAUCGAUCGCAACUCCUAGACCUGCAAACAAAGCACGCCGCAGCUCUUCAAGCCAUGCGGUACCAGCACGACAUGAAAAUCAGGCAAAUCGAAGACGACGUCACGAUCGAUAUAGAAGUGCUCACCUCACGAUCCAGCCUGACGGGCCCAAGGCCAUCCACGCGCGCGAAGGAAGAGCUGCAGAAGAAGCAGCGGCAGGAGGCGGCAAGCGGCUACCCAGUAAGCACCUCCUCCGAGGCGCAGCCACACUCGCAACAGAGCGCCUCAGCAUCCGCAAGCCAAGAGGCAGCCAUGGCAAAAGUGCAGAAGCUGGAGGAGUUGAUGACUGAGCGCCUUCGAGCACGCGACUUAGCAGCCAACGAAACAAAGAUGCUGCUGCAAGACACGCUGCAACAAGUCGCCGAUUACAAGCAGGAGAGCGAUGCGCGGUGGAAUCAGUGGCGGCGCUGCGAAGCAAUCAGACAGAGCAUCCUCCAAUUCGCGACUCACGCGGAAGGCCUUCCCCCGAUGCCUAAGCGCCUUGGACAGGCCGGCACCCCCCCGCAAGGAGACGCUUUGGCGCCUUCUCGCCACGUCAUCAACAUGCAAGUGCAGCAAAUCGUCGAACAAAGCGGAAUUUCAGUGCCUCAAGUCUCCCCGCUGGAGCAGAAGCUGCUUACUGCCCUGGCCGAGUUGCUGUACAUGCAGCACGCUCAGCAGUCCCGCCAUCGGCAGCGGGAGCUGGAGCUGACGAGGCUCCUGCAUCAGUGCCAGCAAGGAAGGAAGGGGACCUCAGGGGCCUGUGCGGGGAAGGCGACGCUCGCGGAAAUGGGGAAGGAAGUUCUUCUCGAGGAGCAGGUGCGCAGACUGGAGUCGCAGAACCAGCGGCUUCUCCGGACGUCCGAAUACUUGAGGUUGAAGGUUGAGCACGUAGGCAAGUGGAGGGCAGAAGACGCGCUUUCCACUCAGCAGCAGCAGCCGCAGCAGCAGCAAGACGGCAAGCCUGAGGGCGGCAGUAGUGGGAAGCCUUCCACAGCGAGCGAGACGGAAGGCGCGGAAGUCUUGCAGCUGACCAGAGGAAGCAGCGAGGCGGGUGUCGCGUCAGGCAUGCUGAUGUUGCGCGAAGACGAUGCCACCAUUGAAAGAGACGCAGAACUGCUGCACGUCUUGAAAGGCCUGCACCGCCAUCAUCACGACAGUCGCUUCACAGAUGCGGCAGAGGCAGAGCUGCAAACUGGCAGCCUCCGAAACGUUGAGGAGGCGGCGGAUAUCUGCAUCUCCUAUCAAACCAAGAAGCGCCUCGUGCAGCUCUUUUGGAUGUUCCUCGGUGACUUUUACAGGUUUCGAGCAAGACUGGAGGAGGGAGACCGUCAAGUGCGCCUGAUGCAGCACCUAGUCCACGAAGGGACGCAAGCGAAGUUGGCUCUUGAGCAGGAGGCGGCAAGGAUCAUGACAGAGAAGGUGUCUUGUUACGAGCAGAAACUGCAAAAGGAGCGAACUCACUACCAGCGCACCCUUGGAAGAACCCUCGUCAAGCUCCUUGCUGCUCAAGAGCAUCUAGACAUACUAACACAAUCGAAGAAAAAGCUGGAAGAAGAUCACGAGGCCCUCCUUCAAGUGCUGCACCAGGCGGACCACAAGCGCUUUAAUGUGAUGCUCAACAAGCUGCAUUCCGUGGAGAUGACGAACCGUAUCUUGCAGAAGAGGGAGCACUUCUGGAAUCAACUAGCGAAGGCUCUCUCCUCGCAGCUUCGAAGCCCCUCAGAAAGUUCACAACGCGCCAUUCAAGACCUUUGGUCUCAGCUCAUGGGAUCGAAGGUUCUUUUGAACAGCGACUCGCUGCAGCUCAGUGCAGACAGUACGGCCCCGCAGCAGGUGCAGGAGGACCUUGUGAAGCUUUCAAAAGAGACAGGUAACAGCAUCGCUGUCACCCGACGCGCUGGUCGGCGUCCUUCCACAGGGGGCAACAACAACCCGACAGCGCUCAGAGACAGACAGCUCGGACGAUCCAGCUCUCGAGCCAACGCAAAAAAUUUCACUCAGAGCAGCAGCAGCAGCACCUCUGCUGUGCCAACCGACAGCGUUACAAGCUCCGCAACGGCCAAACGUGAUGCUCGACGCGCUCGCGAGACACCCGCAGCAGGGGCACCCGAGAAUGGGGAACCCCAGACUGCAGAGGAUCUCGACUGCGCGGAUUCCUUUGCACAAUGCCUGCGGGAGAUUUGCUGUCAGCAGGGGGCUGACGAGCAGCUGUCCGAAGCGCUUUCGUCGGCAAAGGGCAGCUGGAAGACGGCUUUUGAAUGGAUCCAGCAGACAAGCGACAUGGAGGAGGAGGAGGAGGAAGAAGAAGAACCAGAAGGCGACCUUUCCUCUGGCGCAGGAGCGCGUCCUAGCACCUUGAGGCUGUUGAAAGCUCACUUGUUGAAGGCCAAUGAGGCAGGAUCAGAGGGGGAUGGCAUGCCAAAGGACUGGCUUGCGCUCCUUAAAGCCAUGAUCCAAGAAGCCAUGGCGCUUUUCAGGAAACACAGAGCUCUUCGAGAUAAAGAAAUAUCUGCUAUAGCGCCGCAUCUGCACGCUUGCGUUUCAGUGCACCGCCCGCCUUCCUGUUUGUUUGCCUCAGUUAAUGUUACAACUCAGCGACCAGGAGACGCUGUGCGCCUCCCUCCGGGAGCAGAAAACAUUCUUCCAGAAACAGCGCUAGAGCGCUUGCAGCGUGACAAGGCUCAGCUGGAGCAGCAGGAGAAGGCUGCUCAAGACGCCCUGCGCGCGGAGACAGCCAUGCUGCGCGCGGGCCAGAAGGAGACGCACCAAGUGCUGAAAACAGUUGCUACUCAUGCCACUGACAUUCCCUUCAUUGUUUCUCUUUGCAAAAACUUUUUGGCGCAAGCGGCAGUAGCAAGUCUGCAGGAGGGAGCAGCGCAUCCUGCUUUCACGGAGACAUCUCGCGAGGAAAUAGCCCCUGAAUCCGAUACCUCCAACGCAGAAGGCACUGCAAACGUAACUUGCGCGGCGCGACAACAUCUGGAGGAAGGUCACCUGGAGAGGGGCGACUAUGAAAUGACCGCUCUGGUAUUGCCUCUUGCUCCACGCCCUCCGAGCCCACGCACUCCACCUCCAGUAUCCGUUGCAGCGCAGGCCCCCCUGCAGCCGCUAAAGCAGCACGAAGUAGACGACAGCGAAGCAGGAGACAUUUGGAAAACGCCAGCACUCUUGCGGAAAGAUAGUUGGAGAAACGGCUUCCAAGUAGACACGCGAGCCUCAACAAAUGACGCGGCGGAAUGUGAAGUGCCGCCUAGCAGCCGGUGCGGUAACGGGGUUCGCCAGGGCCCCCUAGGCAGUCUUCCCAGUCGGAGCGUCAAGGGGAAUGCAGCUAGUUCGGAUCGGUCCGAAAGAAGCUUGGCUGGAGAAAAAGAGACAGCACGCGUGUUCGCCUCUUUCUCAGAAUCCAGAGGCAGCGGAUGUAGCAACAACAGCAAUGCGCGUAGAGCUGCCAAGCCCCCCGAGGACGACUCAGAUGACAUGUGUGGGUUGGAAGACAUACACCGCAUUCCCAGCACCACGCUUCCGACCCCGCGGUCGCCCCCCAAAGCCUCUCUGGCACCCCUCCUUUCCCCUUCGCGGCUCGUUCAGGCGUUGCGCAUGCAAGCGCAAGUGCCGAAGUCCACAGGAGAAGUGUCUACGACGAACACCAUAGCCUGUCAGCCUCCCUCUGCCAAAUCCACGAGUUCGCCUGAAGCUGAUGACCGCGGGCGGGCGCAGCGGCAGCUCACGGAUGCACGAGAAUCGGAGGCGGAGUCUCUGAAGACGCAGGACGGGUUUUUUAACUUAGACUCAAAGCAAGACGGCCGGAGGACAAGGCAUAGCAGAGCUGCAGCAGAGCAGGCCUGGGAAGCCUUUGUCGGGGAAUAUGGUCUUCCUCGGAGAAACAAGGUGCACUCACCCACCUCAGCUACGCACUCCCGUCGCCUGCACAGCUGGCGGUCUGCGUACACCCCAAGUAGCAAGGGUGGCGAGUCCUCGCUUUUAGAGCGCAGUUCGGCGGUGCAUCAGAUACAGGGAAGGCAGCGGGGAAUCGAGUGUGAACGGAUGACUCUGGGUGGCAGGGAGGCUAUGGAGGACGGGGAAGAGGAAGAACACGAUGGCCACUUUGGGGUGCUAACGCGGGAGUCGACAGACUGCAGUGUACUGCAGGAUGUACUGAACAUCGAGCGAGGCCUGCUCGACGAAGAGAUCGACGGGGGUGGGCCCCUCUUUAAGGAAAGCGCACAAAAAGGACUGCCGUUUGGAAACGAAAAAAGGGCUGCAUUGUUGUCGGAUGACCCCGCCCAGCUAGGGGUGUCCACAUCUGCUUUCCUUAGAAGGCUUGGAAGCCAGCUGGAAACCCGCAUGCAGGCACGGGUCUCAUGCAACAGAAAGACAAGUCAUUUAAAUUGA